AUGGCCUACUGGAUAAAGUGCUUGCAGAAAAAGUGUGAGUACCCGAGUUUGGAUCCCCAGAACCUAGGAAACUCUGGAUGCCCCUUUUUUCUCUGGGGACUCCUAGCCUUUUCGGGGUUGGCUCUGCUUAUAUCCCUGAUCUUCAAUAUUUUCCACUGUAUAGAAAAGCAGCGAGGAGAUAAAACGUACAGGUAUCCUGAUGAGUACAUUCCCAGGGAUGAUGAAUAUUAUGUAGAAGAUACUCCAAUUUAUGGUAACUUAGAUCAUUUCCCAGAAGCACUGGAUGAAAACUGCUAUGAACAAAUGAAAGCUCGACCAGUGGUAACCGAUAUGCAGGAAGCCAUCCCCUCUGCCCAGGUUCCCACGGAAGCUCAGCUUUGCUACGCCUCCUUUGACCACAGCCUCAAGGGGAAACGCAGGAAGCCCCGGGAACAGGCGACAGACAGGGAUAAGGGAGGGCGAUUGCGCGUGGUGGACACCAGAGCGUCUCACACCCAUUUGGUUGAGAGACUCCCACCAGAAAGCCCAGCCACCGAGGAAAAUAUUCAUGAUGAUCCUGUCAGACUGUUUGGAUUGAUCCGUGCCAAGAGAGGACCUGUGAGCCACCUGUACCAGAGCCACCUCGGUGCUAACGCUCUUCCUGAAGAUGGUUGA